AUGUCGACCGAGCGCCGUAUCAAGACGCUAAAGAUGCGGCUGAAGAGUCUAGUGACGUCGCUGAACCUCAUCAAGACCUUCGUAGACGACUACACUGAGGAGACGCAGGCCGACGAAGUCCCUGUCCGUCUUGAGAACCUGAUAAAGUUGUGGUCAGACUACACUACCGUCCAGAGCGAGCUGGAGACGCUCGAUAAAGCUGCCAUCGAGACCCACCUAAAGGAGCGGACGUCGCUUGAGUCCGCUUAUUAUCAUAUCAAGGGCUUUCUACUGGCCCGAAAUAAAACGCCAGUUACACCAACUCACCCGUUUCCUAAUCAAUCAGAGACGCAAUUCCUUCCGUCGGUAUCGCAGGUACGUUUGCCUGACGUUAAACUCCCCGUCUUCGAUGGCAAACUGGAAAACUGGCUAAACUUCCACGAUUUGUAUGUGUCGCUGGUCCACUCGGCAGUCGGUCUCUCGAAUAUCCAGAAGUUUUAUUACCUCCGAUCAUCAUUAUCGAAUACAGCUCUUCAACUCAUCCAAACGAUCCCAAUAUGUGCGAACAAUUACCCGGUGGCAUGGAACCUUCUGCUGGAACACUUCCAAAACCCUGCUCGGCUGAAGCAGGCGUACGUAGACACUCUCUUCGAUUUCGCCUCUAUCAAAAGGGAAACGGCAACGGAACUCCACAGUUUGGUGGAGAAAUUCGAGGCAAACGUCAAGGUUCUGCAGCAAUUAGGUGAACGUACGGAGUAUUGGGAUAUUUUGCUCAUCCGUAUGCUCAGCAUUCGACUGGAUCCAACGACAAGGCGAGAUUGGGAGGAGUACUCUUCGACCAAACCAGCGAUCACUUUCAAGGACCUGACAUCUUUCAUCCAGCGACGAGUCACGGUGCUGCAAUCCAUCCAGGCUAAGCCCAUCAAAGCUCAACCGUCGACCGUUCAGAAGAAGCCAGUUCAGCGAUCCGUCUCGAGCCACGGAGCCAACCAGGUCAAUAUUCGGAAGUGUGUCAUUUGCUCAGACCAUCACCCUUUGUACAUGUGUGGAAGUUUUUCGCAACUUUCGAUAGAAGAAAAAGAGAAGGAGAUACGCCGUCAUCAACUCUGCCGAAAUUGCUUUCGAAAGGGUCACUUAUCAAGGGAUUGUUCGUCAUCCACCAACUGCCGAAAGUGUCGUGGACGUCAUCACACUCAGCUAUGCUCUAACGAUUCCUCUUUCUCGUCGAACUCGAAACAAGUCCAGUAUCCGAAACCUGCUACACCUACUCCAGCUACCAUUCCUUCGACCAUGUCCUCAUCUGCUACGGUCGUCGAAUCCAUCAGUUACGCUUCCGCUGGCCAUAAGAAGAAGACAGUUCUCCUUGCCACUGCUAUGAUCAUCUUAAUCGAUGACAACGGGGUCGAGUACGUUGCCCGCGCACUUCUGGACUCAGGAAGUGAAUGCUGCUUCAUCACGGAAAGGUUUUCGCAGCGCAUAAAGGCUCAGAGGAAGAAAAUCUAUCUUCCAAUCUCCGGAAUCGGUCAAGCGUCCAUUCAAGCUAGGCUAAAGUUUUCAUCCACAAUCCGCUCUCGAGUUGGCACGUACUCCACCAGCGUCGAAUUUCUCGUUCUGCCCAAGGUGACCAUCGAUCUACCAGCUACUUCCGUUGAUACUUCGACUUGGGACAUGCCACCCAGCAUUCAACUCGCAGAUCCGUCAACAGCACCAAUUCCAUCGAUGUCAUAA